ACUAUCAAUUAUUUCAAAAAUAAAAACUUGGGUCUUUUGGGGCAUCAAAAAAAAAUCAAUCAAAAUCAUAUAUCUUCCGACAAAAACCGGCCACAACCGCCGCCAUGGACGGCCGUGCAACACCACCGUCAAAAAAGCACCACCACCAACACCCCAUCAGCGGAACUGCUUCAAAGUUCCUUGUUGAUCUUCCAUCUAAAGGCCUUUUUUCUUCUCCUGUCAUUUCCUCCAGUUUGGGUGGAAUGCGGGUCUAUGUUACUGAUCACGAUACUUCACCCCCGGAAAAUCAGCUUAUAAAGACCGAUCAGGUGAACAUACUGAUUCGAUCUCUUCUGCUUAAGCAACAACAGAAGAGUGGAACAACUGCAAAGGGUGCUAAGGGUGUAUCCGCAAGUGAGAGCUCAAGAAAAAGGGCCCCAGAAAGAGUUGUGGAAGGUCGGGCUUCUGCUAAGAGGGCAGCAUCAACCACCCAAAAUGGCUCACGGCAAGAUGGAUCUAAAUCACAAUUACCUGAAAACCUCCAAAGUUUGACCGUGGAGAGACUUCGUGCACUUCUAAAGGAGAGAGGUCUUUCGGUGAGAGGGAAGAAGGAUGAACUGAUUGCACGGCUGAGAGCUACUACUGGUUCCGCAAGCUCUUCUGCAGCCAAAUAAUAAUAAGGCCCUAGUAUCAAUAUGUGGAAUGCACUCUUAUUCUGGGAAAAUUGCCACAUUUACUUGUGCUUUUGGCUGCAUCAAUGAUAUGGGGGUGCUACAUAUCGUUAAUUUAUUUACUUUUUCGGGCAUCCGGAUUUUGUAUUAUGUGACCAACUACUACUAGCUUACUAGGUGCACAAGAGGUUGUACUAUAUAACUUAAGUAAUCCUGUAUGUCUUAUGUUUAUUUGGGGUACAAUUCAGUAAUGAAGUUAUUCUCAUGAAA